AUGGGUCUCCUGUCCUGGAUUUCCAACUUCCUACGAGCCACCACACCGAACUAUCACGGCACGUUCGCAGUGUUCCGGGUCUUCAUGUUGAUUUGUGGUGUAAACUUCUUCGAUGACGACUUCAUGGUAGGCCCGGUAAAUGUGAUCCGCUUUAUGGGCCCUCUUCUGUCCGGUGUCUUUAGCGUGGUGGCUUGCUUCAUUCACAUGUUUCGCUACCUGGAGGACGUUGAUACCAUCAUACUGAGCUUGGCCGCGUUGUUUUCCGCCUUAGAAGUGUUGAUUAAGAUCGGAGGAAUGGCAUACAAACGCAAGAUGGGUGCCGCAUUGAUGAACACCAUCUUGAACGAUCGUAGCUACAACGAGGGAGCUGUCGAAAUAGCCGCCUUCCUCAAGUACCACACUCUUGCCAGAACAUUGAUGUACAUCACGAUAGUUUCGUAUCCAUUUACGGCGUUGAUGCUGCUGUCCUACCCUAUAAUUGCCGGAAAAGAGGACGAAUACAUACUACCAGUUGGGUAUUCAAUUCCGUUCAUCAGCUACAAACAACAUCCCUGGUACGAGAUCGACUAUCUCAUCAUCACCAUACAGAUGAUCUGGUGUGCGCUGGCAUUCGUUGGAAUCGAUGGCCCGUUCUACCUGUACGUGUGCUAUGCGACCUGCAAGCUGGAGAUUUUGAAGAGCUACGUUGAGAAGAUCGGUCAAACCGAUGACGUCGAAGAGCAGAGAAGUUUGAUGAAGAAGAUCAUUGGAAUGCAUACACACGUGUUGGAAUUUCUUAGGGACUGCUCCGAGUUUUACAAGGAGAUUUAUUUGGGCCAAGUUCUAUUCUCCAUUGCUCAUAUUUGCGUUUCGCUGUUCCAUGUUCAACUAAAACUGAAAAAUAGCUCCUACGGAAUGCUCGCCACCAACGUGGCCAAGAUGUGGAUAUUCUGCUACUGUGGAGAACUGGUCGUUACCAAAUCGAACGAAGUGUCCGUGGCCAUGUAUUCCAACCGUUGGUAUGAACUUUGGCGCAAGCAGGAUUUGAAAACGGUUCAGUUCAUGCUGGCCAAUGCACAGCAGUACGUGGGCUUCUCAAUUGGAGGCUUUGGAUUUUUGUCUUACGACAUGUUUGCCGAGAUAAUGAAAACCGCCUACAGCUGCAACGCAUUCUUGCAUAACAUGUUGAAUUAG